UCAGCUCGGCCACUGGAUGUUCGCGCGGCUGCUCGGCUCCGCCUCCUCACCGGUGAUUGGCCGCCAGAACUGUAGAUCAGGAAAGGAACACAGGCGGCCAAUCACCGGUCCCGCGGAAAUCGAGUGCAGGAGCAGCAGUGGGGGGGGGGGGGGAAUAGUACCCCGCCAUUGGUGUCAGUGGGGGAAGGAAUAGUGUUCCAUCGUUGGUGUCAGUGGGGGGUAGAAUAGUGCCCCAUCGUUGGUGUCAGUGGGGGGAGGAAUAGUGCCCCAUCGUUGGUGUCAGUGGGGGGAGGAAUAGUGCCCCAUCAUUGGUGUCAGUGGGAGGAAUAAUGCCCCAUCAUUAGUAUCAGUGACACCAAUGAUGGGGCACUAUUCCUCCCACUGACACCAAUGA